UUGUUACUCCUACGUUGGAUAUCUAAGAGGUGUGAGUAGCCAGUUCAGCCAAAGUCAAGAUGUUUCCAUCGGUAAUGGUUGUAACCAUAAAGGAAUUAUUGUCCAUGAGCUGCUCCAUGCUUUGGGAUUUUGGCACGAGCAAAGUAGACCUGACCGUGAUGAGUAUAUCACUGUCCUGUGGCAAAACAUCCAAGGAGGUGAGUCACUAUCAUCGUCAUCGCGUCAUCGUCAUCAACAUCGUCAUUAUUAUUAUCAUUAUCAUCAUUACUAUUAUUAUCAUCAUUAUUAUCAUCAUCAUCACCAUGAUGUAGUUUAAUCGUUUUACUUGUGGACUAAGUUUUGAAAUAUUUCCAGGUAUGAGAAAUCGUAACUUCGAGAAACAUAGUGAACGUGACACGAAAGAUUUGGGUGUUCCAUACGAUUACGAAAGUGUAAUGCAUUACGGGGAAACUGCGUUUGCAGUAACAAGUGGUAGGUGAAUAUGAGUAUAAAUCUAUAGUAAGAAUCCACAUUCUCGUUUAGGACAUUGGUGGAACAGCAGUUCAUGAAUGCGCCCUUUACUCAUUACCUAUUGAUGGUCGUUGUUGGUGUUUAAUGGUUGUUUGUGGUUGUUCCUGGUAGUUGGUGGUAGUUGGUGGUAGUUGGUGGUCGUUGUUGGUGUUUGGUGGUUGUUUGUAGUGGUUUCUGGUAGUUGGUCGAUUCCUGCAUGUAGUGAACAGUUGCAGAAUUGAAUAAUCGCGUUUCAGCCGUAUAAUAGAAGAAUGCUUUCAGUCCGACUUCACCAGGUGCUACGGUUUUCUCAUGUACUAAACACUGGAGCAAUAAGAACCAUACGGGGUGGUCUUUACUGGUAUGUUGGAGAGCAGUUUAGAUUUGAUAAGCUUUCCAAUGUAAGUGAUUUAGUUUCGCUUUUAGUUGUAGUAACACUAGUACUGGAUCAGUAAAGGAUGGCCCGGCCCGGAUCAGAUCAGUUCAUAAGCUAAGUGUUUACCCUGCGCGGUGUUAAUCUUCCAGGUUUGAAAACUAUAUUGCGGAAACGUGGCAGCGGUCCACUUGGUCAAAGAGAUGGAUUAUCGCCAAAAGAUGCUCAAGAACUCAACCGCUACUACGAAUGCAAUGGUGCUGGUAAGGAGAAUACAUUUAUAGUUCAAUUAGUUUCAUAAUUUGGUUGGCAUCAUUCGAUGUCAAAUAGCAAUAUUUGCCGAUUAUUUGGUCGACUUCUCAAUCGACUGACAAUCGGCAGAAUGCGAAGAUAAUGUUAAUUCGUUUCAUUACACAUAGUAACCAUCACGUUGGAAGCAACUAAGGGCCUGUUCAUAUGGGCAAAAGUUAUCCCGGUUAACGAGAAAACUUUUUGACAAGUUCACAAGCCAGAUCUCGCCUUCGUAUGAAAAUAAUAUGAAAAGUUACACUGCGUUCAUAUGAGACGAAAGUUUUCCCGUGACAUGUACCGAGAUCUCGCUUGUUGACAGGCGACAUCUCGGUGACCGGGAUAAUGUUUUUCCCAUAUGAACACAACUUUCCCGCUUAGCGGGAUAACUUUCUGACGUGUCAACAACUUUUCAAUUCAAUUGAUGUUCAGUGUUACGUCACAGCCGAAAACUUUUCCCGGUAAGCGGGAUAAUGUUUCUCCAUAUGAACAGAACUAAAGUAUUUCGCUAGUCGAAAAGUUUUCUCGUUAACCGGGAUAACUUCUGCCCAUAUGAAAAGGCCCUAAAUAGAAUGGAGAGAUGCGCUUUAAUUUUCUUGCGUCUCCUUCAAGUUGACUACAAUCUUCCCACGUGGAUCGCUUACUAAAAUCCACCAAUAGCAUACAGUAGCUGUGGUACGUCAUGGAUUGUAAAAUAAGGUUAUUUUACAUUCCAUGGGUAUGUAAUGGCCAAUAAGUAUAUUUUUGUAAUUGUACUUUGUUUUUAUUCCACUUCAGCGACACCAGCACCACCUACAACACGUCCAACAACACGCCCCAGUCCGACAACACGUCCCAGUCCGACAACACGUCCGACAAUUACCCCUCCUCGUCGAGUGUUUGGAUCUG